AUGGCAAUGUAUUUUCUUUUCUUGAUCAUUAUAUUCCAAAUAAGUAAGUUUUCUUUUUGUGUUGAUGAAGAUUAUAACGGUAUAACUACUCAAGUUUGCUUUGGCAAAAGAAACUCUCGAAACUAUCAAUAUCAAAACAAUGUAAAUGUACUUUUAUUACGACUCAUAUCUGAGUCGUCUUCUUCACAUCUCGGCUACGUGAGAAACAAAGCAGGGCAUAGUCCUAAUAAGGCUUAUGGUUCUUAUCUUUGUAGAGGCGAUCUUAGUAGUAAUACAUGUCGCGAAUGUCUAGAAAGGGUAAAACAAUACAUUUUGGAUAGAAAAAAUGUUGACAAAUACAAAGAGUGCUUUGCAUACGAUAUGCAUCUGAGAUGUAUAAUACACAAUUCAAAAAGCUCAAUACCCUUCAAAUAUCAAGAAAAUAGUCAUGUCACAACCGAAAAGUUUGGGGAUUCUUUAACACUAAACCCUAAUUACAAUAAGGCAUUAUCAAAUCUCAAACAAGAACUUGUACAAGAAGCAAGUUAUGGAAAUUGGGCACAAGCUAAUUUUGCAACCAAAGUAGUUGGCGUUGGAAAAACACAUGAAAAAAUUUUCUUUUUUGUUCAAUGCAUGCCUUAUUUAUCUCCUAUGAGUUGUAGUAAUUGUUUAGGUAAUCUUAGUUCUCCAAAUACUAAAGGUGGAUUAGUUCUUAAUUUUAAUAAUUGUUUCAUGAAAUUUAAUAAUCAAUCAUUUCUUGGUAGUGGGCCAACUUGUGGUGCAUGUCCUCUUGUGGGCCCUCUAUCUCAUUCUCUAACUAAUUUAGUGUCUUAUGUGGUGACUACAACUUAA